AUGUAUCCGAAUAAGAGCCUCAUCUACAAGAAAUACACACCAUACACACCAAAACCAGGAGAAAACAUCACCGUCGAAUGUCGUCCAUUCGACGCAGAUGCCGCACCACCGCCGGGAGGGCUUACAGUCAAGCACUUAUACCUCUCACUAGAUCCCUAUCAACGCGGACAGAUGCGUCUCCCAACAGACACGGGAACCUACUCGCAGCCAUGGAUCGAAGAUCAGCCUGCCGUAGUCACCACCCUUUCCAUAGUCCUCAGGUCCGACGUUCCCUCCUUCUGUCCAGGAGAUCUCAUCAGUGCCAUGGCUCCUGCAGCAGAGUUUGCCUUCAUCCCAGCCGAGCUCGUUCCUCGAGCGCGUGUCUUGCCCCCAUUACCUGAAGGUUUAAACAUCGCUCCGCCAACCGUAAUCGGUGCUUUGGGGGUUGCAGGACUAUCAGCUUAUGUUAGCUUUCAUGAGUUCGUGAAGGAACCCAGAACAGGCAAGACCAUGUUUGUCUCAGCUGCUAGCGGUGGCGUGGGUCAAAUCGUUGGACAACUGGGCAAGAUGAACGGCAUGAAGGUCAUUGGCAGUACAGGCAGCGCUGAGAAAGUUGACUUUGUGGUGAAUGAGCUGGGCUAUGACGGGGCAUGGAAUUAUAAGGCGGACAAGACCAAGGAUGCCCUGGAGAGGUUGGCGCCCGAGGGCUUGGACGUGUAUUAUGACAACGUUGGGGGCGAGCAGCUCGAGACGGCUCUGACGAAGAUGAAGGACUUUGGCACCAUUGUUUCUAGCGGCAUGGUCUCAGUCUAUAACUACCCAGAGGAAGAAAAAUAUGGCAUCAAAACAGUGAUGAACAUCUUUCUGAAACGCCUUACGAUUUAUGGAUUCAUUUGCUCAGACCCGGUGCAUCUGGAGAAAUAUCUGCCCACAUUCGCAAGAGACAUGGUGACAUGGAUCGCCCAAGGUAAAAUCAAGACUCGGGAGGAGGUUGUUGAGGGCAUUGCUGGAGCUCCAGAGGCCAUGGUUAGAAUGUUCAAUGGCGACAAGUUUGGCAAGAUAGUCAUAAAGGUUGAUAGAGAUGAAUGA